AUGGCCAUCGCCGCUGACACCGCCGCCCGCCCUCGCGCUACACCCUGCCGCGACGCCUUGAUUCGCUGGAGGAAAGACUGGGAGGAGUCCGUACAGAAGCUCUUGCCUGAAGACCCGGGACGCAGCGAGGAGAUGACCGAGAUCGAGUUGGCCGGACUGAACGCCUGGAGCAGCAAGCCUACCUGGCACGGCGUUCUUCGCGACGCCCUCAUUGUCUGGGCGCGUGUCGCCUUUACAAUCGAGGUGGGCCGCCUGAGCUAUCGCACAGCAACCUCCGCCUUUGUCAAGAGCCCCGCAGUCCACACCUACGAGUUCCUCAUAGCGAUCGUUCACUACUUCUUCGCGCCGGAGUCGAGUGAAGCGGGCAAGGCAAUCAUAACCACGCACACGGUGGUUCUCUUUCCCCUCGUCGCCCUUCUCGCCCUUUGGGGCUGCUUCCUCCUCUACAUCUGCCUGCCUUUGUUGUGGUUCUGCCGCCAUGCAUUCUUCAUCACAGGCAAACCUGAGUACGGCUUUGCCCGUCACCCUCUCCCUCGCCGCGCCAUCGCUGCGAAUGUCCUCCUCGUCGUAACAGCGCCCUUGCUCGUGCGCUCCAUCCUUCAACGCCUUCCCUUUGCCUUCGACGCCUUUACUACCGUUGUUUUCCACGUGGCGUUGACUGUCGCGCUCCUCGUCUACGCCAUCGACAAGCAGGAGAUCCCGCUCGAGCAAGAUGCGACGAUAGAGCCAACGGACAUGGCUGAGAAGGGCGAGAAGGACCAGCUCGGGCUGCUCGUGGACGUUGCCUGA